AUGAUCGAAUACCGGAAAUCUCCCCGCUUCGAGUAUGCCCCCAUGGACAUCUCGCGCUUCACGCGGCGAAGUGCCUUGCAACCACCACGCAUCAGAGCUCAGGCUCCCCAACGAUCCCAGGAACCCCAGGCUCAACCACAAGAAACAACCGAGCAGCCGGCCCCAGCCAAGCCCAGCAGCCCUGCUCCAAGCAACGAAGGCGUCUACGAAGGCCUCGCAGAUCUCGUGCCCGACGUCCUGGCCAUGGACAGGUUCCUCGACUCAAGCAGCACCAGCAGCACUACCAACACUCCUCAAGCGACCCCCAGCCCUGCUCCCUCCGAAACGCAGUCCACGAAGCAGAAGCCAAAGGAAGAAGCCUCCAACGGUCUGGGCCAACCCGCCGAGGAACAAAGCCAAAACACACAACAACCCCCCGCGGAACAAGCAGCCUCCGUGAACGAAUCCGAAGAAGGAGGAUACUACAUGCUAUCCGCAGCAGCAGCCUACGCAAGACUAGCCAUCCCAGAAGUAGAUGAAGAAGAAAACAAGCUCGUCAUCCAAUCGGCGCUCCAGUUUCACAACGACGACAUCGCCAAGCACAAUGCCGGAAUCUACCACGGCGACAAAUGGGCUCGCCUCAAGCCCCUCCGCAGCGAGACCUGCUACAACCUCAUCGACAGCUGCCUCGGCGGCUGCGAGCUCGAGGACUUUCCACACCACGCCUACGGGCUGCGUCUCUUGACUGACGCCGAACUGAAUGGACUUUUGGGCCAUCUCCGCUCCAACGUGCGCCUUGAUUCUGCGAGAAUCGUCAAGAUCAACUGGAUUUUGGAGCGCUGGACCAAUUGGACUCACCUCUAG